AUGGAGAAAGGUCUUGCAUCAGCUACGAUUUCCAUCGUCGACAAGAGUUCAGCCUCCAAAUCCUUGAAUGGUAGAGAGAGCAUCAACAGAAGCGAUUCUAUGUUUCCGGACGCUCCUACGGAGACCAAGCCUGAGACUGCGGUUCUCAGCAGCAAGGUCGACGAUGGUGUCCGUGUGAUCUCCAUCGACGAAUAUAAGGAAGCCGCUCAGUGUCUUGCGGAAGCUUUCAAGGACGACGAUGUGGCUCGCUACUUCAUCGAUACUCCUGAUCGUGCACACUGCACUGCGAAGCAGAAGUGGGAUUUGCAUGUGUCGAUCAUGGAGUACGUGACUUAUGCGCACUGCUUGAAGGGCCUAGUUACUACUGUGGGACCUAAUUACGGUGCUGUAGCUCUGUGGAUGCCGCCCGGCAAGAACAUGGACGAUCUCUACACCAUCCUCCGCUCCGGACUCUGGCGCCUGAAUUACAAACUCUCCGCCGAAGGAAAGAAGCGUUUCUUCACCGAGUUCCUGCCGCUGCUCCACGACACCAAACACAGCAUUCUCGGGCAUCGUGACGAAUCCGCAUGGUACCUCGUCUACAUCGGCACCAGACCUUCUUCGACCGGCAAAGGCUACGCUCGCAAGCUGAUCGAGAAUGUUACAAGAGUGGCGGAUCGAGAAGCCAGGGCUUGUUAUCUGGAAAGCUCGAACGAUGUCAAUCCGAAGAUCUACCGAAAAUUCGGGUUUGAAGUCAAGAGGAAGAUCCAUCUGCAGAGGGCAGAGAAGGGCGUAGAGCUUGAUAUCAUGGUGAGAGAACCCGCUCCAGAAGCCUGGGUCUGA